CCAGACACUCCUUCAUUGCCCAUCUGUAUCAGUUCGUCCUUUGUGUCUUUUCUGGAAUUUGUCUAUACUAUAAUCGCCUUUCCACCAUCAUCCCCACUUGGAACCUGGGCGUCCAGUGAUCGCUGCCCACACCUUAUCGCCAACUCAAUACGAUAAUUCCUCAGCCCGUCCAUGGUCUUCACCGACACAGCGACCGGUCCAACCAUGAUGGCCAUGAUGGCUAACACAACAAUCACCGCGGCCCUACCGCCCUUGCCUGCCUACGAAACCCGGCCGCUUCCAGACCUGCUGCCAUGGAUUUCCGACUUUUGGCUGUCGCUUAUUCUGCCGCACAUCGCCUACUGGGUCGUAUCCAUGUUCUUCCACAUUAUCGAUGUCUAUGACCUUUUCCCUCAGUAUCGCCUACACACCCCCGAAGAAAUCAGCCAACGUAAUCUUGCGUCCCGCUACGAGGUUGCCCGCGAUGUCCUCCUCGAACAAGCGAUUCAGAUUGGCACCUCGGCUGUGCUGAAUCUCCUCGACGACCAGCAACUCACCGGACAUGAGAGCUACGAAGUUGCUGUCUGGGCGACGCGCAUCCGCCUGGCCCAGCGUGGCCUCCCCACCAUUCUCGGUCUCGUUGGACUGAAUGCCAGCGCCCUUUCCAAGAACAUUGCUGGCUCAUACCCGCUGCUUGCUGGCGCGCUCGCUGGCGGUUUCUACCCAUCCCUCUUCGAGCUCGAUGACAUGGCCGGCACGGCCGUUCCCGCGUUCGCGUCCUGGGAGAUUCUCUUGGCCAAGGCCAUCUACUGGAUCAUCAUUCCCUGCAUCAAGUUCUGGUUUGCCGCUUUCGUCCUCGAUAGCUGGCAAUACCUUUGGCACCGCGCCAUGCACAUGAACAAGUGGAUGUACACCAAGUGGCAUGCUCGUCACCACCGUCUCUACGUUCCCUAUGCCUACGGCGCCCUCUACAACCACCCCGUCGAGGGUUUCGUGCUCGACACUCUCGGUGCCGCCAUCGCCUACAAGUGCUCCUUCAUGACCUCGCGCGAGGGCAUGUUCUUCUUUGUCGGCAGCAUGAUGAAGACGGUCGACGACCACUGCGGAUACGCGCUGCCCUGGGACCCCCUGCAGAACAUCACCAGCAACAACGCCGCUUACCACGACAUCCACCACCAGAGCUGGGGCAUCAAGACCAACUUCUCCCAGCCCUUCUUCACCACCUGGGAUAGAAUCCUCGGUACUAUGUGGAAGGGUGACACCUCGAUCAAGUACGAGCGCACGAGGGCCGCGGCGGCCAACAAGAAGAAGGGCGCCAAGGGUGAAGAGACCAAGGCCGAGUAAAAUAAUUGGAUACAACCCAGAGUGGGGCGGGGCCCUGCUACUGAGGAUUGUGGUGAGGAGUUGUGUGAUAUUUUAUACAGACUAUUUUUGUCGACGGUGGUAAUUUUUAUUUCCGUGGAAAGAUUCAUUAUUCUUUUCGCGAAACGUGGUUUGGGGGGAACACCAUCUUUACUGAUGUAAACCUCCCCUCGACCUCUUCCAUCAGAGAAGGGGACGACACCAUGAUGGUUUUGGAUGAUGGGAAGC